AUGAUUUGGAAAUUUAUUGCCUAUUUUUCAUUAGCAUUACCUACUUAUUGCAACAUCUAUGUCACUAAUAGACAAUACAAAAGAAUAAAUCGUAAUACUGUUGACAACAUUAGACUUCCUCCCAGACUGAACAAAUAUAUUAACAAACCAGAGAGUAUCAAAAAAAAUAGAUUUCAGCUGCUUUUACAACUUUAUGAGCAAUUAUGUUUUCUAAUAUUGAUUACACUGAUUUUCAUGAUACCCAAUUUCUUGCCAUGGUUAUGGGUUAGAGCUUCAAAAUUACGUUCUUAUUUGGAUAUAGUUUUGAGACCAUCAAAGAAGCAGCUUGCUGACAGCCACAAUAAAUAUACGGAUGAAGCUGACUUUAUAAAUAUUUCAAAUAAUGUAAUUUUUGUUUCUUUAUCAUUUACUUUUUGUGCCCUAUUAAUACUAUUUUCGGCUUGGAUACCAAAGAGGAUUUUGAAUCAUAAUUAUGGUGAUCACCAUAUAAACACGGAUGAUACCGCUUCGGAAGAGGAUAAAGGCAAUAAACUAAACAAGAUUAUUAUAUCUGUGGUAAUGUCGGUAUAUGGUAUCAUAAAUAUAUUUAACAGGAUUACUGAUUUUGAAACUAAACAAAUUCAAAUUAAGUACCUUUCGAUAUAUGCAUCGGUUGCUUUAUUAUUAAUAGGUUUGCUGCUACUUAUAAUUUUCUCUAUUAUUUCGUUAAUUCCCAUAAGAAGCGCUAAAAAGUUAGAAGAAAUAGAUUUUAAUUUGUAUCAAGAUCUAAUGGAAUUGUGUAAUAAUAAUAACAAAUACGGCUUUAAAAAUAACAUUGGUGAUAUUUGUAUAGCUGAGUUUUCCGGAAAGAAUAUAGUUCAAUUCAAAUUACGUGGACUACCAUUUAAAAACAAAAAGCUAUAUUUGAAUGCUGAUAUGCUUGAAAAUUGUUGUGAUGUAGAUGGUACGAAGAAAAACGAUCAAAUUUAUGCUUUGGUACUAUCAAAUUUAUGGGCAAGAAAAUACAAUCAAAAUACUUUUUUUGCCCUUUUUCUGUUUCUCCUAUGUGAAAUUUGGUUAGUAAUAUUUUUUGGGAUUUCCUAUUUGGUAGAUAAAAAAUACCAGUCUAUUCUUUCUAGCUUUGGCUUUGUUUUUGGAAAUAGUAUGAGUCGUUAUUCUAAUGAUGUUAUAGGAAUGAAGCAUUAUCCACAGUCAGGAAUACUUGUGUAUACAUUAAUUAUUUUUUAUCCGAUAUUCAGAAUAUUUUUGGUUUUAUUUAAUUGUAUUUUUAGAAAAUGCUCACGAAAAAUAGUAACAGCCGUAGUUGACCAAGGUUAUGGAAGAGAAUUGUACUAUGGUAAAAUGAACAUGCAGUUUAAUGACAAAAAUGCCGCCUCACAAUCUCUUAACGGGAGCAAUGAUUUGUUAGUAGAUCCAGAUCCUUGGUAUGUCCGUUAUUAUUUUACAAAGUCAGUUGAACCAUAUCUUUUCUUGAGUGAUUUAAUAGGAUUGAAGCCAAAUGAAGAUGAAGAGGAGCAAGAGUUGCAAGUUAGUAGUGGUAAUUGUGAUGAUAUGAACGAACCCAUAGAAUUACUUUUGUUAUAG